AAAAAAUAUAUUAAAUUAAAAUUGUGUUUAAUUUAUCAUUAUAUUCAAUAAUAAAAUUUAUAGUCCGAGUUUAAUUCCCCUCCGCCAUAAACUGUGUCUGUUUACCAUUGGAUUUAUAUCAGCCCAUAGUGAUAGUGUAUGAAUAUUAUUUUACGUAUUUUCGUAAGUUUUAUUGUUUAAAGUUCUGUGCAAAAAUGGAGUUGACGAGGAUUCUGGUUUUAACGCUGUUUAUUGGAUGUCUUUCAGUACAAGUUCUUUCGGCGCCACAAUCAAAGAAGCACAAAGCAACAUCGGAAACUUCUGCUGCAGAAGAUUAUCCUGAAGAAGAAUAUGCCAAUGAUGAAAAUGAAGAUGACUACGAGAGCGAAGAAGAAACUUUGGAGGUCCACAGACCAUUCCUUCCUCCUGUGCCUGUCGAUGCUGGAGGUCCUAUACGAACUGCCUCAGGGUUGACGGUGGAAAUGCCUUGCAAAUUCUUGAAUAGAGAAAGUUACGUAACGACAUGGAAACACGAUGGAAACACUUUGACUGCCGACGACAGAAUGCUUUACCAAGAUGUCCGUUACACAGUGGACAAAGACUUGAAACUUACGAUUCAUAAAGUUUUGCCACAAGAUUCCGGAAAGUUUGAAUGCAUUGUCGAAGAUAAAAUUAUCCACUACGACCUGGAAGUCGAAGGUCCACCAAAAGUAGUAAGAGUGCAUCCUGAUGAAAACCAUGCACAAAUCAAUGAAGGAGAUGAACUGGAAAUCAAAUGUGAUGUGUCUGGAUUCCCGAAACCUGACAUUUUCUGGUCUAGAAAGGGAGAAAACAUAACUGCUGCUACAUUACGUCAACACCAUGGUGAAUUCCGCGAAUAUUCCAUCUACUUCCCUAAGGCUUCCAGACAUCUUGGUGGAAACUAUCAAUGUAUGGUAGACAACGGUAUUGGAAAGGAUUAUGCCACCGUCAGGAUUCAAAUUAGACAUAAACCAGAAAUCCACGUGCCCCAGCAUGUUCACCAUUCCGAGGAAGGUUAUGCAGUUAAACUUUUCUGCGAUGUAUACGCCAUGCCCGCAGCCAAAGACUGGAACUUCACUUUAUCUCGUGAACAUCACCAGGACGCAGUCAGGAAUAGCUCUGAUAAACACGUCACCAUGAUGCCAAGACACGACGGACGUGGACAUCGUCUGGAGUUGAGAAUCGACCAUGUCAGCGACAAAGAUUUUGGAAACUACGCUUGUGUUGUAUCGAAUCAAGUUGGCACAACCACAAGCAGACAUAUCAUUUUGACAAGGAGACCAGCUGCUGAAUGGCUAGGAGAUGUCAUCAUUGAUGAGGAAGGAAAUGCUGAUGUGAGCUGGAAAGUACACAGCAUCUCACCUUUGGUACAUAUGAGAUUUGCAUUGUUGGACCAGGGUUCUAAACUUGAGGUAAAUAUUGUUAAUCCAAUUAUAUCGUCAUAUAUCAGGAAUUUGAGAGAAAGAUCUUCAAGACUUAGAGAUUGGUGA